CAGCGCACAAAAAAGCCUAUAAUAGGUGACGCGCGAUCGAUUUGGUACGCGCAAGGGUCGCCCGCAGCCCUACAGAUCAAGAUCCGCAGUUCUUUGAAGCUGCCGCACCGGAGCACAGCCUCCUCUCAGAGAGCAGCUUUUUUGAGCUCGACGCAAUCGCAGCGGUACAGAUGUCGCGCGGCUUCGACUACUCCAAGUUCGACAAGAUCGGCGACAGCGACGAGUCCUCCGACGACGAGGACUGGAAAUUAACCGACGCGGAGCGGAAGGCCAAACGCGAGAAGAAGCGCGACGAAUUGAUCGAGCAGGAGCUCGCGUCGCACAAGGCCAUCGAGGAGAAGCUCAAGCGCGCCGAGAAGCUGCCGCCGCGCCGCAGCGACGACGAAGGUCCUACACCUGAGGCGCCGGCGGCGUGGUCCGACGGCCGCCGCAGGGACGAGAAGGACCCGGCCAAAUUACGGGAGCGCGUCGCCGCGGUCGACGGCGUCCUCGGCCAGCUCGCGGACGACGCCGACUUCCAAUCAGAUCUGAAGCGGCCCACGGUGCAGAAGGCGAUCAACCACUGGACCAAUAGAGCGCGCCUGAAGGGGCCCGAGGCGCAGGAGCUGUUCGGGGACGCGUCGCCCGAGGCGCCGCGGCUCCGCAGCGUGCUGGCGAAGAUCAGCCGCCUGUCCGCGGCGUGCAAGGCCGCCGGCAUGCCCGUUCCCAUCGACCGCGUGCUGGCCGGGCGGCGCGUCGCGUUCGACCCGCCUGCGCCGAAGAAGAAGGAGGCGCCGGCGCUCGACGAGUACGGCCUGCCGCCUCUGCCGCCGCCGACGCCCUUCUCGUGGCGCCGCUUCCUCCGGCAGCUCGCGGUCCAGAUGUCCUGCCUCCUCGUCUCGCUGGUGAUCGUCAAGGUCUGGAUCGAGCCGCGCCUCCUCAGACAACUGGACGAGCGCAUGGCGGCAGAGCGGGCCGAACUCGAUCCCGCGUCCGAGGUCGUCUACUCUGAGGAGGAGGAGUGGGCCGCGGAGCCGGAGCUGUUGUAGGUG